CUGACUGUCGUCUGCAUAUCAAAACAAACGCAUGCGCGCGUGGACCAACAAAGCAUUUUUGCUGCAGCGUGACGUUCAUCUAAUUUUAGCAAAGAAGACAAACAAACCACCGAGAUCGCGAAUUCGUGUUGGAUCCAGAAAUGGUACAAGAGAUUUCGGAACGAUUGAUCCUUCAUUGGAACUAUCGGGGCUAUUCUGAUUUGCCAGAAGAGCUCUGUGUUUGUGGAAAUCAUGUAUGCGAGCUCUACCUCAAAUACAACAACAUUACCGAACUGCCAAGCUGGAUCAAAAACAUGACCAAUUUGACGAAUAUCUACCUACAAGCAAAUUACUUAACAGAACUUCCUGAAGCCAUUCAGUUUCUGACCAGUUUGACAACACUCGAUGUCAGCCAAAAUCACCUAAUCAAAAUUCCUUCGUCGAUUGGGAAGCUUGUAAAAUUGAAGACUAUAGUUUUGACGCACAACCAACUUGCUUGCCUGCCAAGCUCAUUGGGAUGUCUUCCUUGCUUGGUUUCACUACUUGUCAGCAGCAACAAGCUGACAGAGUUGCCAGAAUCACUUCACCAGUGUCAGCAUCUAGAGGACAUCCACCUUGAUUUUAACCAGUUUACUAGUCUACCCAACUUUUUAACGCGGCUUUCACGACUAAAACACCUAUCCGUCUGCUCAAACCGUCUGACUCAUUUGCCUCACCUACCGUUUGCGUGUAUCGAGCGUUUUCAUUGCGAUAACAAUCCAUGCAUAUCCUACCUCCCGUAUCCACUCGCCUGUCAGAUGAAUCGACCUCCAGCCCGCCCGCUAGCAACACGCAACGUGUUACACAUAUCUACCCUGUUCGGUUGUUUCGACCCGUCCAACCGGAAGGAAGCCACCGUCCUCGUCAAAGACACACCAACAGUAGCGCUCUGUUUUUUGCCAGAUAUCAACCUUGUUUGUACUAAUGCGCCUCCUAGCUUGCUUGAGCUCACUUUGCGGUCCAUUGCGUCACGGAUCUUUCAAGAGCCGCUAAACAUCAGUUUCGAUCGGAAAGACAACUUCCACCGCUUUGAAUCCUCGUAUCACCACAGCUAUGAUCGACGAAUAGGAGAAUUUUGUUUGCCGUCCACCCUGAUUCAGCUCUUGCGGGAUGGCCCCGUCGCCAUCUGUCUUGGGUGCCGAACGUUCAUCUUCCGGGGACCGGCCUAUCCGGUUUUCCUGUCUAAAAUAAUCGUUCAACACGAACGUGCUGGCCACCAUCUCAUACCAGUGGUCUGCUCUUUACUAUUCUGUUCAGCUUCCUGUUUCUGGACAGCUACUGCAACUGGCGUUAUGGCCGGACUUGAAAGCCCACUCGAUUGGGAAUGUAUCACGCGUCGGACGACAAGUACCAAUUAGCUGGUGGUAAGAUACUGUUGUUUCUUUCUUUCUCUUAAUAUAUUUCUCGCAAGCGUUUAGGACUGUAGUUUACUGAUGAAAUCCCGGGCUACAUUAUAAUAAAAGAAAGAGGACUUUUUUUUUUUAGGUCCCCAUAGACAUACAGUACGUAAUGCGUCAAACGCGUUGCUAACAGAUUAUCGUGGAGACAUAGUUCGUCGUUUACCCCUCGUCCCCAAAAAACAUGGCCAUUUUUGUUUUAGCUCUCCUUGUCUCGCACGGUUUUAUUUUUAGCUCUCUUCCAUCUGUGUGUCAUUGUUCGCGUGCGGAAUGAAGCUCUGUUACACUAAGUUGCAUUACUGGAAACAUGAAUCUCUCCAGGUGCGCGCGCCUGCUUCGCACGCGAUCGAUGGCAAACAUAAGACAUCCGAAACGUGUCUAAUUUAGUUUGACGCAUAAUAAACAACCGUUGGGAGGGGGAUGGGGUGUUAUGUUGAACAAGCAUGUAGAGAGGCAGUUGUCUGGUGUUACCCAACAUCGUAGACGCUUUGUACUACUUCGCCGCUAUUUUUAUGGAUUCCAUAAAUCAUUCUGAGGACCUCUCCGAGCUAUUUCAUAUCAACAACAUCAGGUCCAAUAAACAAAACAAGCAUGU